AGCGAGGGGGGAGGGGUGAAGGGGGCGGGGUUGCCGCCGCCGCCGCCGCCGCUGCAGCUGCCGGAGGAGCGGGAGCCUCGCCGGGGAUGGUGCUUCUGGCGGCGCUGGCUUCUCCGGGCGGCUCGACGGCCUUUCCAGGUGAGCAGCGCCGAGGCGCCGGCCUCCCUCCGGAGAGCCCCCUUCAGCGCCCGGCCCGACCCCGGCCGCCCUUGGCUCCCCCCGCCACACACAGGGCCGAGGGAGGCAGCGCAAAGGGAGCGCAGGCGCGCGCCGUUAACCCGCGGGAUUCACUGCCGCAGGAUCUGAGGGCGGCCGCUGGAUUUGGACGCCUCAGGAAACGGGUCGCGGGGGUUGGUGGGGUGCCUCUCCCCUUCCCACGCCCAGUGACUUGAUCUCUGCGCAGGGCAGCUCCGUGGAGGCGUCUCCGUAGACUAGGUGUUGGGGUGACAACGAUGGUGCUGGUGGGAUGGCUCCCCUCCUGCCCUGGCUGGCGGCAUUGUGAGGGGCAGCUGGCUGGCCACCACGGGGAAGUUUCUGCUGGCCUAGCUGGCCUGAUCCUCCGGGGACUCUCUUCUGUGCCUGCCCACCCCAAAGAAGCGCCAGGAGCGGAGCAUGAAAGCAAUGGGCACUGUGGUGGAGGGUCUAGCUUUAGAUUUGCCAAACCUUCUUAUUUUGUUUUUUAAAAAGCCAUUUAAGUUGCCACCACAUCCCAUCCCAGUGAAUUCUGUAAGUGCAUUGUGUAGUUAUUGGGGCAGCGGUGUUCUGUCUUGAAACGGCUUUCCUGGACUCAUGGGUUGUCUUCCGCCAGGCAAGUGGUAAGCCAAGAGCAAACCUUGGCUACAGCCAGUGGUUUGUCUGGAGCAAAACAAACCAUGAGCUCAUGUUCAGACAAAUCUUGGCUUACCUUUUGGUAUCAUGGCAGUAGGGUGACCAGGGACUGUCAAAGCAAACACUAUUUUUAUUGUGCAUACCUGUGCGUUCAUGCUUAACCAUGGGUUAACUCGGCAUUCUGCCUGAACUGAGAUAUCCUGACUUUUAUUCUUCUGUAAUCUUAUUAGGUAGUUGUUGGAAUGUUCUAACUCUUCUUUUUUUGUACUUCUUACGAGCCAAUAAGAAGGCUGCUUUGACAGCAGUGUCCAUAAUGAUUAUGGUAAGGGACCAUAGUUCAGUGGUUGAGCACAUGCUUUUGCCUGCAGAAGGCCCCGGGUUCAAUCUCCACUAGAGUCUUGGGUGUAUGGAUUGGAAAAGCCUGAAACCCUGGACACCUGGUCCCAGCUAAAGUAGAUAGUACUGGGCUGAUGGAGCAAUAGCCUCACUUACCAGAAUGCACAUUUCUAUGUUUAUAAGACUGACUUAAUGAAAACAGAUAAUUUUAUGUAAGGAAUUAUGUAUUUCACAGGUAUUGAGCCUAUUGCUGUGCAUAGGUUAUACAAGGAUAACUAUGCUUUCAUGUAACUGAACCUUACAUUUGGAAGAAAAUACAAACAAGGUUUUUUAAAAAGACUAAUUUACUUUUAUUUCAUAUAUGCUUUAGACGGAAGAUAGCAGUAAUGCUAACAUUGGCAAGCAAGCUAAAACGGGAUGAUGGUGUCAAGGGGCCCCGUUCAUCCAACCCAGGUUCUGAUUCAACUCGAAGAGUGUCUGUUAGAGAUAAGUUACUUGUUAAAGGUAAUGCUGCUUUCUAUAUGAAAUAUCACUGUUCUCCUAAAAUUUAAUGCACUGUCUGAUAAUUGAACUAAAUGUGCAGAGGUUUGCAGAGUAUAAAAAACCCUUUUAAAGAGAAAAGUUAAGAUGCUUACAAAUUCAUGAACACGCCAAAAAGCAUGGAAACUGUAAGUUAAGGAUCCACAUUAAUUUCCAUAUCAUAUAAACAAUUAGUGCAAAGCAAUCAUGUACAUGUUUACCUAGGAGUAAGUCCAACUGUAUUCCAUAGAGUUUACUUCCAGAUAACUCUGCAUAGGAUUGCACAAUCUUACAUCAUUCUGCUCACAUACAAUUUAGCCUCCAUGCACCUUCAGUCUUUUGGCCCCAGUCCUCUUCUUCAGGCUGGGGGACAACUGAACUAACAGCAUUGUGGUAUUGGUUGGCUAGGUGAACACUGACAUUCUUGUUUUCUCUGUAUGCUUUGCAUUGGUUCAGAAAGAAUGACAUAUAUUACUAAGGAUAGGUUGCAUAUUGGGGUGGGCAGAUGAUGAAUGAAAGACUACAAAGUGUAGAAGAAUGGAGAGAGACUGUGGUACAUGCCUGUAUUACUAUGUGACAAAACAUGUUGAUGAAAGAACAGAGAAGGUAAGUCCUGUUUUUAUGACUAAACAUGCAUGGGAUUGGGCUUUGGAACUGACUGGCACUAUUUAAAUUGAGUGAAUUCAAUUAUCUGAUGUUCUAAUAAAACUUGAAUAGUUAUUUGGUUUGUUUUAUUUUCAAUUGAACAUGCACAAAAUUGCCCUCUGUGGUUCAAAAUAGACAUUUUAUUAUACUGUUAGAAUUUAAAAUGUGUCCCUUAUAUAUGAAAUACUGUUCCCCCAGUCUGCAGAGGAAGAACAAAAAAUCCUCAGGGGGAAAAUACUUUAUUUCUGAACUUUGAUAAGUCUUCAUAUCUCUGGAAAGGACUGUACCAUGUGCAUAUCAAAUCUGUGCUGAACAGAUAUUUAACAGUAAAAGUUCCAAGGAAAUGGAAUUCAUCCUCAGAUAUGAACUGAAUGAGUCUCAUGAGAAAUUGCAUCCAGGUCAAACCAGCCAAUCUAUAUUUUUAAGCAUAGAGGAAGCUUGAAACCAGCUGCCAGGUAUUCUAGGGCAUUGAAAAGAAAAUGGGCUUUUCUGAAGAAUUACACCAGGCUAUGACUGCUGUAAUAAGUCUAAUUUUUUUCUCCAUGGCUACUGUUUGACCCCCAUCAUAGCAUAUCAUAGCACAAGAGAGUGUGUGCAUGUGGCUGUAGAGCAUGCUGCUGUUUGCACGUCUGCCUCACUGCAUUUUUGUCAGUGCUGUACCUAAAAUGCUUAUCUGAAUCCUAUAGGUUAACUUUGAAAGAGUGCUUUGUGAAUUUGUGAGCAUUUACAAAUAAUUGUGUGUUCUUGGACAGGGAAAGUGGUCAGUUGGCCCAUUCCACUAGGCUGAAUAAGAAUACGGUUCAUAUGCCAAAUACUAGGAAUUCUAAAUCCAUUUUCUGCAUCUAUAAUGGGAGGGGGGUUGUCGCUAGUAUUGCUCAGGAGCAAGAGAGACCGGGCUUCUUUAAUAAAAUGAAAUAAAAAUGUGGGAAUGUAAAAUUUAAGAUUCAUUCAUUUAAGCACAAUCAGCUCUGCAGCAAGAAUAAUGAUAAGCUGAAGAGAAUACAAAUGAUGGAAAAGAUACAGAGAAUAGUUGGCUUUACCUUGGUUGGGGAAAAUAUAAGCUACUGGAAGCAGGAGAGGAAAAAGUAGGUUGUAUAUUAGUGGAAAGAGGAUCAUCAGGUUGCCUUUUGUCUCUUAAGCUUUAAAGCAGGCACCCCCAACCUGCAGCCCUCCAGAUGUUUUGGCCUACAACUCCCAUGAUCCCUAACUAACAGGAUCAGUGGUCAGGGAUGAUGGGAAUUGUAGUCCAAAACGUAUGGAGGGCCGAAGGUUGGGGAUGCUUGCUUUAAAGUGUGCUGUCAGUUUUGCAUUGAGUGGACUAGGUUUUUUUAAAAGCAGACCGCUAACCUUUAUUUGAGGCUUGAAAAUAUGUUUUACAACAUACAUCUGGAGGGUCAUUCCAGAUCAAGUGGUCCAAUUUUUGAUGACUUUUUUUACCUCAUGUCCAAUUUUCUUAAUAUUUUGUACACUUGUUUAAUGAGCAGAACUAAGUUUAAAUCUAAAAUUUAUUUUAUCUCAUCCUGUUUUUGAGUUUGAAAUUUCAGAAUAUUGACAAUUUUGGCUUUGCUGGAUUACACAAAAACCCUAAAAGCGCUUUUUUGGGGUGGAUACUUUUUUGACAUUUAAAAUCCUAUUAAUUUAAAAAAAAUAUUUUAAAUGUUUAUAUAAUGUAACUUAACUUUAAAACUUAGUCCAUCAUGUGCCAUAUCACAUCAAAGCCCAUGAAGUUCUGAAGAGAUUGGUAUUUUUAGUUUUGAAAUAUUCAAUUCUGGGCUGAGCAAGGCCAAAAUUGUCAUUUUUUUGAAACUGCAAAUCCUCCUAACUCAAAAAGAGGAUGACAUAAAAAAAAUUAAAAACAGAGAUCUGGGACCUUCUCUUAUACAGUGGUACCUUGGUUUAAGAACAGUUUAGUUUAUGAACAACUUGGAUUAUGAACGCUGCAAACCCAGAAGUAGGUGUUUUGGUUUGUGAACUUUGCCUUGGAAGCAGAACAUGUUCCGCUUCCUGUUGAGUGUGUUCCAUUUGUAAACUGAGUCCCCCACUGCUAUGGGAAAGCAUGCCUUGGUUUAAGAACGCUUUGGUCUAAGAACAGACUUGUGGAACAGAUUAAGUUCGUAAACCAAGGUACCACUGUACUACUUUUAGGAAAUUGAAACUGAAAGCAAUAUAAAAUGGUAAGGUAAAAAGUCUGAGGAUCACUUGACAUGACUUAAGGAGCAGAAUUGUAGGGACACGUUUAGAGCAGGGGUGGGAAGAACCUAUAGCAUGUCACCCUGGGCUUAAUUUCAUGCUGAUGAGGAAGGAAAGGGGGUGGCAGAGAGGGAGGAAAGGGGUGCUCUACCCACUUAUGCACCUGACAUUGGCCUGCAGCCCUAACAAAGUUCGCAACCCCAACUGAGAAGUACAGUCAUACCUCGGGUUAAAUAUGCUUCAGGUCGAGCAUUUUCAGGUUACGCUCCGUGGUGACCUGGAAGUAAUGGAACGCGUUACUUCCGGGUUUUGCCACAUGCGCAGACGCUCAAAAAGACGUUAUGCACAAAAGCGACGAAUUGCAACCCGCAGACGCAGGUUGUGUUUGCUUCAGGGCUCCGGAACAGAUCCCAUUCGGAUCCAGAGGUACCACUGUACUUUGAAUGUGCUAAAUGCCUUAUUAAAAUGGGCAAAAUUAUACCUAGGGUCCAUUCCAGGAAAAAAUUGUCACCAUUAAACCCCUUGGAAAACAGUGGGAUUGUGACCAUCUUGUUUCAUUAAUUUUUAUGGGACCUAGGUAAUAAUGACUGUCUGAAUUGCGGAGGGUGUCAUACCGUUUAAGUUGCUGCUGGCCUUUGGCUCUGUUGGGUAAUGGGCCUGUACUGGGUCAUUGCUCUGUACUGACUCUUGAAAAAUAUAAAGGUGAAUAUUAAUACAGGUAAUACCUUGCUUUUUAAAAAUUUGUUGUGAUUAACUUGGUAUUUUUGUGUUAGGGUGAUUUAAGUGCUUUAGACUCCAGUCCUACACUUACUUCCCUGGGAGUGAGCCCCACUGAACUCUGGGGCUUACUUCUGAGUAUACAUAUGUAGGAUUGCAUUGUCAAUAAGCUUAGGGUAGUGUUAUUUCAAUAUUAUCCUUUAGCAGUUAUGUGACUGACUUCAUUGAAUCAUUUUGUAUAAUUAUAAUUCAGUUGUUUAAUUAUAGCCUUAGUAUUGUUUAUUGUACCUUAUAUUUUAACAUGAAUAUUGUAAUAUCCUCUAUAUUAAGAUACUGUUUUUGCUGUGACUUUUUAUUAUUGCUUUGUCAGUUUAGAUGUAAGCCAAAAUUAUCUUGAGUAUUAUAUAUAGAAAGAUGCUAUAUAAAUAAAGUUGGCAUUGACUCACAUUUUUAUUUCAUUUUUAACAGAAGUUGCAGAACUUGAAGUAAAUUUACCUUGUAAGUAUAGUGUUCAGAAGGUUUUCUGAGGAGUGUGCAAACUCUUCUUUUCCAAUGCAUAUCAUUUUCAGGUAGCUGCAGAUAUUGCAACCUGGGACUCCUUUGGGAGGAAGGGUGGGAUAUACAUUUAUUUAAUAAGUUAAUAGAUUUAUGCAUGAACUCAGCUCAGAUUGUAGUUAUCUUUUGUAAAUAUUAACUGCGCAAUAAAUUCCCUUGUGAGGCCUUUUUCUCUUUCGUUCCUAUGUUUGUUGCCUUCCCCUCUACAGCUUGUCAGAAAUGUCACAAUUGGUGGUUAUUUUCAGAUUUUUAAAUUUUGUUUUUCAGGUACAUGUGAAGUAAACUUUCCUGACCCAAAUAAACUCCAUUAUUUUCUCCUAACUGUAAACCCAGGUAAUCUUUUAAGAAUGUAUUUUGAAACUGUUAAUGUUAAGUGCAGAGUGUUCUAUAAACACUCAAAUCCGUUUGUGAAUGCGCACACACAAUUUUCAGCCUUCUCUUUUGAAAUUAUUUGGGGAAACUGAAGGUGAACAUUUGUUAUUUGAAAAGAAAUGUAGAGUAAGAGGAUAGAUAUAUUUAUAUUUUGAUGGUUAAUUGACAGCCAUACUUGAUGCAUCAAAGCUAUGCAGUGCCAAAAAAAAGAACUACACUAAAUCAAGAAUACAGUAAAAGCAAGUGGCAAAACAAAAAGGUACCAUUUUUAAAAAAAAUACUUAUGUUUUAAAAUCAAAUGUAAUAGACUAGGUAUAUGAUAAGUUAAACAACAAAUUAAUAAAUUAGAGCAAAUGUUCUUUUUUUAAUUCUAUCAAACUCUACAAUUCUAUGACUCUGUGGUUUAUAUGCCACCUUUUCUUCCAAGGAGCUCAAGGUGGUGAACAUGGUUCUCCUCCCCAGUUCAUCCUUCUGACAACCCUGUGAGUUGUAGGUUAGGCUAAGUGAUGGUGACCCAGUGAACUUCAUGGCUGGGUGGGAUUCAAACCCUGGUCUCCCAGGUCAUAGUCCAACACUCUAACCAUUACACCACACUGGCUCUAUGACAUCACAAGAAAAGUUAAUGUUCUUGAUCUUACGGCAAGCUGUUUUCCAAAAAUCUGGUAUCUUUGGUCAUGGACAAUGUACAGUACAUGGUAUGUAUCAGAACAUGGACAAGUACAUCUACAGCACCUUUUGCUGAUUCUGGUGUAAAUUUAACUUGGCCUACUAGCAUCUGCACAAAAUUAUAUAAAACCUUUUUGGAUGAGUUUGAACAAGUUUGAGUAGAUGUAGUCCUCCAAAUCCAAAUGUCCCACGUUACACAUUUGACUCAGAAAUCUUAUCCGUUGAUUGCUCAAAAUCAGCACAUCAUUCUGUGUACUGUUAUACAGUUAGUGUCUUCACAAAGUUUUCAUAAAUGUCUUCAGGCGUCUUUACACGAGUUACAGAUCUAUACAAGACCAUCUAAAUAGCAGGGAAAUCAGCCCCAUACUACUUCAUUUGCUACACAGUGUAAAUAAAACCUUUAGCUGUAAAGCUUAACAAAAGAUAAAUUGCUGAUAAUUCAGUUGACUCUGCCAGAUAACUAUUUCGGGGGUUUUUGUGUUACAUAUACUAUAUUCUACAUAUCGAAUAUAUGUAUUCUACAUAUACUAUAUUCUAUAGUAUGUAGAGAAUGUGUAGUUUGAAAUUUAGCUAGUACUGCCACAUUGAUCAUGCUGGUUGGAGAUCGUAUUUCUUGAGUCUUUCGCAGGAUAAGUAGUAAGUGUUCAGCUUGCAUGAAAAAUAAUUAUGUGGUUUGGUACCAUGUCAAUGUAGUUGCUUUAUCUGUAUAAUUUUCGGUUCCUUUUUAGAUGGCUAGAAAGCCAUCUACACUACACUACUAUAGUGUGUAGUGAAUAAUAGGCCAAAAUAUUUUUCACUAGUUUUGACAAGUUGGGAAUUAUUGAACUUCAUAGAUAUGGGCACUAGAUGGCACUGAUAGAAUAACUCUGUUGUACUGGUGAUGUGUGGUUGUUGGCAGUAGAACUCUCAAUUCUUUAGUCUUUUCCUUCUCUCAAGUCAUGAAAGUUUGGAGGCAGAACACACAAUAUGGCAGAACAAACAAAUAUGGGUCGUGAUUCUAGAUGCAUAUUCAUUUACUUCCCAGGUCACUUGCCCAGAACUACCCUGUUUCCCAAGCUGUCCAUUCAAAUUCUUCCAAGGUUCCAUGAUCCCAGUUGACUCUAGUCUGCCUUCGUCCUUCUUUGAACUCCUUCCCCCCCUCCCCAGGCCCGCCUUUUGGGCUUCCCAUAGCCGUCUGGUUGGCUUCAAUGAGAUCAGGAUGUUGUACUGAGCCUGAUCUAGCAGGACUUUCCUUAUGUUCUGCUGCCAUCACAUCUCCUUUGACCAUAAGCCUCAUCUAGCUGAAAUAUGCUUAAGAACAAAGGGUGCUGAAGCCAGUUGUCUCAAACUUUCACCACCUUUGGUUAGAAAAAAAAUAUGAGCAGAGGGUGACAUGCAACAGGGCUUUCCCUUCCUCCCUCUCCCUCAACCCCGACCCCCCACAUCUGCUCCAGAGUGUCCCCCAACCCACUGUUCCUUCUGUUGGCAGAUGGACACCAUUGGAUUCCACCUGUAACUUCCCUAGAUCACUGUCUUUUCUGUGCUGUUGCAUAUUUCCUUUAAGCUUCUGUUUUUCCUUUAACAGAUGAAGGUUAUUAUCAAAAUGGAACAUUUCAGUUUGAAAUUGAAGUUCCUGAUGCCUAUAAUAUGGUGGUAAGUAAUUAGAACAGUUUAAUACUUACUGAGUUUCCUUUUACAAUAGGCUUAGAAAAGCAGUUGGUUUUUAACUGUAUGGCACUGUACUUGAUUAUGGCCAUAUUGUCCAGGUUAUUCAUAUUCUUUUUUUAAAAAAUAUAUGAUUUUCAGUUAUAUACAUUUCAGUAGUUUUACAGUCAUUUUAACAUUUCAAAGCUAGACUUCCUUCCUCCUCUUUCUGCAGUUCCUUAAAUUUAUUUUUAUCAUUUCCUGCAUAUUCUAAAUUAACUUAACUUUUUCUUUUAUUCGUGUAUUCUUAUGAAACUGCAAGUUAUUACAAAAAUCCUGCCAAUGUUCUUACCUAUUCACAGUUUAUUUGUACAUUUUCAAUAAACCAUUUCCAUUCUUUUGUAAAAAGUUUGUUACCUUGAUUUCUUAUUUUUCCGGUAAUUUUUGCCAUUUCUGAGUAGUCCAUAAGUUUUUGUAUCCAUUCUUCUUUCAUCAGUACUUCUUUCCAUUUUUGGGCAAAUAACAUUCUUGCCACUGUAGUUUCAUACAUGAAUAAAUUUCUGUACUGUUUAGGUAGGACUACCCCUAUAAUUCCCAGAAGAAAAGCUUCUUCUUUUUUACAAAUGCUAUUUUAAACAUCUUUUUCUUCAACUUCUCUUGCUCCCUUUUUGUCUCUUGCCUCCACUUGUACUUUCUUGGAGGAUUCAUCCAAAUUGGAGGUUUUAAGCUUUAAUUCUUGCACUGUUGUUUCCAAUUCCAAUGUUUUAUGUGACAGUUCUUUAAUUUCUGUUGUCAAAUUUGCGACCUCAGCAGUGUUAUUAUCUGUUUUCUGUUCCAGUCUCUGUAUUCCUUCCUUCAUUUUUUUCCUCAUUUCUAAUAAAAUUAUCAUUAAAUCAGACUUUGUGUCCCCUUCUGUAAUUGAACCUUUUCUUUGACCUGGUGUUGUAGUUGGGCCUCAUGGUGGUUUUUUUGCUGUAUUAGCCAUGAUUUUAUCAAAAAAGUUUUUUUUCCUUUUUUAAAAAAGAUUCAAAAUGCAAAAUAAUUUUUGUUAUUUUAAAUAAUAACUAAAUAGUUUUAAAUAAGUUUAAAGAAUAUUUUAAACUUCAGUUGUCAAUUUCUAUAUAAAAUCAAUACUUAUAUCAAAAUACCAAUAGGUGGCGAGCUCUCCUUUCUUAUGAGAAAGUACUUAAAAAAAAGAAAAAGCCAAAUAAAGAACCCCUGUAAUAAUUUUUCCAGCCACACUGUGUUGCUUGUGUUUCUGUCCUUGUUCUCUCACUCUGCUUUCCCUCUUAUCUAUUGUUUUGGUUUCUUAUUUCCUGUUUUCCCUCCUUUACCACAGCAUAUUCACAAGAUUUCACAGGAUCCACGAAAAUAAAAAAUAGAAUAACCUUUAAUCCAAUUAUUUUUAGCUCAUGUGAAAGUUUUAAAAAUCUCCUUUUCCAUUCACUAAAACGGUAUCGUUCCACAGUGUAUCUUUCUUCAGCAUCUUCAAAAAGCCCUCAUAAUAUCCACGUGUGUGGGGGGGGGGUGAGAGUUUAAGAUCUUUUCGUACCAAGUCUCCUUUUCCCUUUUCUUCAGCUUCUUCAAAAGCCCACCAAUUACACAGACAAGGUUCAUUUAAAAAAAAAAAAUGCCCCCAUCUCCAAACUGUUUCUGAUCUCUAUUGGACCCAAAUAAUAAAAAUAAUAAUAUUUAACUGUCCGAUUAUGAUGUGCUCUAAAAAUAUUUCCAAACCAGUCCUGAUUUAAAAUUUUAAAUCCAUACAGUUUCUGUCUCUUUUAGUUCAUAAAAAGUAGCAAAGGAAAUAAAUAUGGUUCUUAAAGUAUUAAGAUGAAUAAUUCACAAAGUUCACGUCCUGCUUUCUUCUCUUAUCACCCCAAUGUCUAAAAUUCAUUUCCAGUUUGGCAAGCUUGUUGGAAAAGCACUAUAAAGUCUUAAACUUAUGCAUCCAAUAUUAGCUCAAAUCACAAUGUUAAUUCAAUUCAUCCAAUGGAAUGCUUAAAAAGAAAAAUCAUUAGCGGGUAAUUUAUUUAUUUUUUCUUAGCCCCUGCAGAUUUUAUUCCAUGCCGAUUGAUACCUGCUUCCCAGGAGGGACAUCCUCUUUACCUCCCUGGUGUGGAUCCAAUUGAUAAAUUCUUCUUAAAUAUAUAUAUAUUUUAAAUUAUCUUGUGCAAAUUGGCCCAAUUUCCUUUUACUUUUUAAAGAAGUCGCUGCUUUAAUGGGGGGGGGGGCACUUGAGGCAUUUUGCUGUGUUCAAUCUUGGUGCUCUCGCUGCUCCUUCCAGAGCUUUGGGGGCUCUUAGCCUUCUCCAACACCGCUGGACCCUUCAGAACCCAAAUGUUCCUUCCGGGCUUUUUAGAGAAGGUUCUUUUCCCGCGCUCCCUUUCCGCCUCCUCGCAGCAAUUAGGUUGCUCAGGACGAGCGAUCCCCGGCGUCCACCAUAGCCUGCAGCAGACCCAGAACUCCCAGGUUAUUCAUAUUCUUUAUCCAUUAGGAAUUUGUAAAAAUGUGAAUGAGUUUUGUAUGAUACUUGGGAAAUUUUCAACACUGAAGAGCAAUUCUCUUGAAUUAAAUCUCAUCAGAUAUAGAUAUAAUUCUGCAGUUAUCAAAAGAAAACUACCGGUAUUUUGCAUAGAGUGUAUUUAUAUACUCUGUUUCUAUUUCUGAAGAGCACGCAAGAUACCAUUCUGAAUUGAUUUUUGGGACUACAACUCCCAUCAUCCCUAGCUAACAGGACCAGUGGUCAGGGAUGAUGGGAAUUGUAGUCCCAAAACAUUUGGAGGGCCGAGUUUGGGGGUGCCUGUACUAGAUGGUGUCUUCAGCUGCUUCCUGCUCUGCCCAUUGUGAAUCAUUAGACAGUUUUUGUUUUAAUUAUUAUUUUGAAAGCAGAAAUAAAAUUGUAGAUAAAAUCUGAAAUAAAAAAAUUAGCCUCCCUUGGAUUUGUUCUCAUGUGAAAGGUACACAUAUGUGUUUGUGGUUUAAGGUUUCUUAGAAUAGGAUUAUAUAAAUAGCAGCUGCUACAACAUUCUCACCAGGCUCUUGUUGUAUUAUUUGCCUCGCAUAAUCAACUUUUAUAGAAAAAUAAGUAUUCUUGUUAAUGUUUUUCGCACCUUUUCUGGAUGAAAAAAUAAGCCUGGUAAUUGCAGUCAAAUACACAACAGCAGCUGAAGUUUGAAUGUGUGAAUAUGAUUGGCAGAGCUAUGAAAUUAAUUUCCGAAAGAGUUAGCUGUUGUUUUUACCAGUACGGAUUAUUUUGGAGCUGCAUAUUAUAAUUGUAUUUUCCAUUGUUAAUAAAGAAUCUGUUUGUUUAAAUCAGUUCAAGUAUGUGAUACAAAGAUUUGUGGGGAUGAAAGAGAGAGAAAAUAGAAAUAUUGGAUUGACUUUAGAAUCUAACCAGACUAAUUAAGUUAGAUGGUUAUUAGUUAUAAUAAAUUACUUGAAUUGAACAUCUUAUUUUAAAAUAUGUUUGGUAGUCACAUUUGUCUGAGUUUUGCAGAGCUGAUUUCUAAAAAAUAAUAAUACAGAAUGUUACUAUAACAGCUACUCACUUCAGUAAAAAAGCAGCAAAAGAAAAAGCUCUCCUCCAUCCAUCCGUAUUGCGGUUUCUGGUUGCAGGUUAACUGGGACUGAACCUGGCCACAGAAUAAAGCGGGGAGCGAAUAUCGCUAUUUUAAGUGUCUCUUCCUCCCAUAUUGUUCCUGGUUCAUAUUUUUAAAUUGUUGUUUUUAUUGUAUAUUACCCUGAGAUAAUUGUAUAAAAGGUGAUCAAUAAAUUAAUGAUAAUAAUAAUUUCAUACAUUUACAACCACACCCUUGCACCUACUCAGACCUUCAUGCACACAACGGAAAAAAAUCAUAUGAACUGAAGAGCAUUUAUUUUUAACGAGAUUCUAGAGAGCUGAAUUAAAUGUACUCAAGGAUUGUAGUUGUAGAUCUUCUCUGAACAGAUUCAGCAUGUUCCUGCUUCAUAAUCUGCCAUAAAUGUUACUUAGUGUUUGCUAAUGUUGAUGUGGCAAGGAUUAGAAGGAACAUGGAGUGAGGGUUACUAGACCGGCAAAUUUAAAUAUGCGUCACGUUUUGAUGAUGUUGAUGAUGAUGAUAAAACAGAUUUCCCCCCACAAAUGUAAACCAGAAUCCGUUCCAGAAGUCCGUUUGACUUUCAAAAUGUUCGGAAACCAAACUGCAGCUUCCGAUUGGCUGCAGGAAGUGCCUGCAGCCAAUCGGAAUCCCAGUUGGAUGUCCAGCUUCCGAAAAUCAUUUGAAAACCAGAACACUCACUUCUGGGUUUCGAUCUUUCAGGAUGCAAUUUGUUUGGGAGCCAAGGCGUUCGAGAUUCAAGUUACGACUGUAUAACAAAAUGCAAUCUGGGAUGUGGUAUUAUGAUUUGUAGGUUUUUUUCUAUGUACAUGCAUGCCUAAUGAGAAGUUGCCUAGGAAAAUAGAUGUGCAAAUAAAAAGCAUAAUUUCACAAAAGGUGGGAAAACAGUUUGUGUUGAGUCACUUCAUAAUAACAUAAGGAGAUCAUUUUAAAAAAAAACAAACAGCCCUGCAUUUUUGGAGACUUUGUAGAAUGUAAGAUGCUGCUACUAAUCAUAGCACCCCUGUUGCCCCCCCCCAUUUUUUUUAUCUUGUUUAGUAAAUAAAAGAUCCACAUAAACUUCCUGUUUAUAAUUACAUUGUGAAGUUUGGCAAGAUACAUUUGUCCUUUUGUGUGCGUUAUACAACCAUACCAUCUUCUCCACCUCGUUCUCAAAAUUGAAAGCAUUGCAUCUUUCUAGAGCUAGAGCCUAUGGCUAAAUUGUUUAGCUAUACAGUCGUACCUUGGAUCCUGAACGCCUUGCAAGUUGAACAUUUUGUCUCCCGAACACCCCAGACCCGGAAGUGAGUGUUCCAGUUUGUGAACGUUCUUUGGAACCCGAAAGUCCGACACGGCUUCCAAUUGGAAGCCGUGCCUUGGUUUCCGAACAUUUUGGAAGUUGAAUGGACUUCUGGAACGGAUUCCGUUUGACUUCCGAGGUACCACAGUACUGACUUUUCCUCUGGCAAUAGAGCAACUUAAACUUUUGCCUCUGCUACUUGCAAAUUGUCUCCUUGAAUGCUAACCAGCAAAUAAAGCCCAACGGCAGUAAAUAUUCUCUAUGCAAUGUGGAUUUACAGUUGCAAUUGAUAUUUUUUAACCCCCAUUGCCAAUUUGGUUUAUUAUAAAAAAUUACAGACUUUCAGCUGUUUGCAAUGAACAGAUCAGACAAAAGCAAUUGAAAUAGCUCAACACAGUGGUUGCUUCAAGUGGGUUCCCCAAAUUCAGCUGAAAUUGCAACUUUUACUGGCUUCUCCAGUCUCACUAUUAUUCAACCCCUUCAUGGCAAGCAUCUUUAGUAUUUAGUAGAGCAACCUUUCGCUGCUAUAACCUGCUGCAAGUGAGAUGCGUAGCCAUACAGCAGCUUCCGGCAGCAUUCCUGAGGAGUCUGAGCCCAUUCCUCAUGAGCAAUGGCCUGUAGUUCAGAGAUUUUCUAUGGGAUUCAAGUCAGGUGACUGUGAUGGCCACUGUUCCUUUAACUUUGAACUUGUGAACUAUGCUUCCAGUGGUGUCUCUAGGAACAUUCAGUGCCCUCACUAUCUUUUUGUACCCUGCUCCUUGUUUGUAAAGGGGGAUCUUUUCUCUUAGCUUCUUGGACCAUUCUCUUGACUUAGCCAGAUUUCUAACAUGCAGCCAAAUUAGACAGUCAGCAAAUUCCUAGCCAGCUCAGGUAUUUCAUAUGUUCCAGCUCAAGCACACCUGGUGCAAUUAAUUAUGUUGUCUCAUUUUGAACUUAUUCCUGCACCACAAACCUUGCUAGAAGAUAUGAGUACUUGAUAGGAAAAGACAUUGGCUACAAAACUGAGGAUGGGUGCUGUCUGUUCUCUGUAUAAGUAACUGGGGGGGGUGCGGGCUGGGGUGGGCACACAGUGCAGAUUUCUGGAGAGCGGAUGUCCAAUACAAUGUGAUCUCCUGAUUUGUCCUUCAGCUUGGGCAGCUUUGUAAUCUUAUGUUUUAUUUUCUGGCAGCCUCCCAAAGUGAAAUGUUUGACUAGAAUCUGGCAUCCCAACAUCACGGAGACAGGGGAAAUCUGUUUAAGGUAAUAAAUAAUUUUUAUAGCUCACUUCUCUUAUUCUGUUGUCAGAGUUAAAUGCCAGUAGAUGAAAUGGCUAUUUCUUGUGAGUAUGUAGGAGGAAGAGAAAGAGCAUAGAUCACUGCCAAGUGGCUCCUCCCCAAAUGGGAAUUACUAUAGCAUAAGUAUGCAUGAAAAGUUUCUCCUGGUUUGCUCAAACUCCACACCAGGCAGUAAUGUUUGUAAAACAACAACAAACAAACCCCCCAUACAGAAGCCUGUUUUAUGAUGGUCUGUAGCUGAACCAACCUGGCUAACGCAGCCACCUCUCUGCCAAGAGCUUUGUUUGCUUUAAAUGCUGUGCUAUUUGGAUCUUGCUAACUAUGAAAGAGCAAGUUCAACCUGCUGCAAUAAAAGAAGAGAGGCUACAACAUCUUACCAAGCUGAAUGCACACAGGCAUUUCCCACAGGAAAGGUGCCAUUUCACUUUCCUCCCCUAACCUAUGCACAUGUGAGACACUGAUACACACCAUAUUGAGGCCAGCAAAGCUUGGUAGGUCUCAAUCAGCUGAAAAGGCCCAGCAGAGGAGUAAGUGGGACUGGGCUUAGGCUCGCAGUUGCAUUGCAUUUGCUGCUACCAAGUGGGCAGGGAAUCUCACUGAGGAAGAAAAGAAAAGAAAACGUGCAAGCCAGACUAAACAAACAAUAAAGAAGAAUCAGAGAGGGGAUUCAAAUGACUUGCACCCAGAACUCACCUUCUGUUGGUCACACAUGCACUCACCACAUACAGGCAGACACAAACCUCCCUUCCUCUCUCGAUCUACCCAACUGCAUUUCUUGGUCACCUUUCUCACCCUUAAAAAUGCAUGUCCAGGCUACCAGAUAGGCAGAGAAGCAAUCAGGAAAACCAUCCCAAUUGCUUCUCCAACACUAAGACAAAAAACUUUUUGGGGUUUUGCAAUCCCACAACAGCCACAAAUGACCAGGGAACUCAUCCCCAUCACUUUCUCCAACUACCACACACAAAGUUAUGACAAAAGCCCUUUGGGGGAUUGCAAGCCCCCCCCCCCUCUGCAAUGAAUCGGUGGGUGGGGAUAAUAUUUCCUUCUCUUCUCCAAAGUGACCAAUAGCAGAGCCAACCAGUUGGGAGAUGUGGAUCCUGGAGGCAGAGGUCCCAGGGCUGAAAGGAGGGCUGGCAGCAGAGCAGGGGGGCUGACUUCGCUUGGGCUGCCCAGCCACCACCUCUUUGCCACACUGUGGUUUGCAGCGUCACCUGUCUGUGGCCAAGUGAACUGCAGUGUGACAACAUCUUACAAUUUUAUAUUAGUUAGAUUCAUUACCCACCCUUUACCACAAAGGCCCAGGGCUGGUUACUGCAAUGUAAAAUGCAACAUUAAAAACAGAUUAAAACAAAUUGCAAUCACAACCAGUUGAUACAAAAUUGUGGGAGCAAAAUGGACUGAUUGAAUUAAGAACCUUGAUGAAAGACACAGUAGUCAGAAUAUAUCACCAAAUGAUAUGAGGUGGGACAAGACCAGCUGCUUACACUAUUUGCCAAGUUUGUGUGCAGUCGCCUAUAUGUAGGGGUACACAUACACACAAAUGACUUUUCAGCUAUUAAUAUCAAAAUUUCUGCCAUUCCUUAGCAGGCAGUUGUCUGUGUAUUUAAUUUGUCCCUUAAAUCCUAGAGUAAGCAAAGCACAUAUGAAUUCAGUGUAUAAUAUGUAUUUGCAUCUUUAUUUCAGUUUAUUGAGAGAACAUUCAAUUGAUGGCACUGGCUGGGCUCCAACUAGAACAUUAAAGGUAGCAUUAUCUUAAACAUACAAAUGUGAUCAUCUUUAUCAGGUGAAAACUUUCAUAAAUCAGAAACAUUUGUGUAAAUCUUCAGGGCAAAUUUUAACAAAUUUUUGUUAUCUUGAUUUGAAUGGUGAAUACAUGCUCUCUAAUAAGAUUAGUUUCUUGCCUCUUCCAAUAAAUAAAUGGGACCUAAAUGUGGUUUCAUUGUUGUUGUUUUUUAACCCAAGCUGUAUUUUUUGUGUUCUAUGAAAGUUUUGAUUUAUCUGAGGCAUAUGCCCCUGUUCACCUAUGAAGUGGAUGUGAGAGGUUGUCUCGUUAAGGCAGAAGGGAGUAUUGGGAGAAGUGGGAUAAAGCCUAUUCCACUGUAUGGUCAUGCUGGAAAUGGUUCGCUUUCCCCACCAUAGGCUUUGCCUCAUAGAUACCUUGAAAUCAAAUGCUUUACAUAAGGGUCGGGUGUUGUUGUUUUUUACAUUCUUUAUGGAAAGCUCAACAUUUACUGAACAUUUUGUGCUAGAAUUCAAUAUUUUUGCAUUUUGCCUUUGGUAAAAAAUAAGUAAGAAUGUGUUGUUCAACUUCUUUGACUGAAUCCACUUCUUUUUCUUUUCAGGAUGUUGUUUGGGGAUUAAAUUCAUUAUUUACUGUAAGUAACAAGUGCACUCACUGGCUGAGAUCUUUUUCAGGUGGCCUCAUCACACUUGCCCUUUGCAAAAGAAAACAGUGCUUACAGCUUCUAGAAGAGUUACCAUGUGAAUUUGUUACCUCAAAGGUGUUGUAGGGCCUGAAAUAUCACCAUCUUAUUUAUGAUUGCAUAAGGUUCAGUCAACUAGAGUCUCCUUGCAUGCACUUGAUUAGGUAGACUAAAGCUUAUGCCCUAAUGAAAUUACUUCUCUUCAGAGUGUUACAAGACUCUUUGUAGUCCUUAUAAACAUCAGGAGCCUACUUCCCCCAGCAAAUCACAUUGACAAGAAAGUAUGUACUCUUCUCAGGUAUUUUGGCACCUAAGGUGAACUACAAAAUGGUGCCUUCCUCCCUGUUAAAGAAAAAGAGGAAUAAUGAUCCACAUUGGGAUCUGCUGUCCCGGUGGAUCCUGGGUCAACCCCGACUCUUCUGUAAAUUUGGCGUUUUAAGUUUAUGUUGUGGUUUUAUUGGGCUCUCAGUUAACUUCUAUGGAUGUUACCUUAUGUAAACUUCUGGGAUGAUAAGAUAUAAACAAAUCUGAAUCUAUGUACUGUUGCUUCUUUAAAUUAACAUUUCUGUAAUCAAACGUUCAUGCUAUUCUUCAGGAAAGUAAAAGGAAGGAUAAAUAAGGUCUUAAUUGCUUUUUUCCUUUAAAACAUAGCUGUCAACUUUUCCCUUUUUAAAAGGGAAAUCCUAUUUGGAAUAAGGGAAUUUCCCUUUUAAAAAGGGAAACGUUGACAGCUGUGCUUUAAAGUUAUGUAGUUACAGCAUCAGAUGGAAUAUAUUUCUGCUCUGCUGUUCAACUUGCAAUCUGAAGUAGAGAUAUAUGGUUUAUAUUUAUGUCUUUGACGCUGGGAAAUCUAAUGAUUAUAAGGUAUUGACAAUCUACUCAGAGGAAGAAACAGUAUCAUUUUUAUUCAAUUUUAUUAAAGGUUUUCAACAUAUAAUAAAAACCAAACAAAGCUAAUAUUCAAAAAGAGCAUAAUAAUAUAAAGGGGGGUGAAGGGGGACACACACUCUCACACAAAAACAAAAUUUUAUAUUCUUUCAACCUUCUAUCUUAAUUUUCAGUUCACAAACAUAAAUCCACAUCUUCCCAGCUCCCACCUGGGACAGUUCCCAUCUUUAUCCGCCUCACACCCUGAGAAAAACCACUUGAUUCUGUCUCUCACACAGAGCUCUUCUAUCAUUUUUUUCUCUGUAUGUAUCUUCAUAUCAUAUUAUCAUCUCAUCUCAUACUUAUAAGUAAUAUUAUUUAAUAUCAAUCAAAACAAACUAUAAAAAACUUAAAUAAUAAGGGGGGAGAGGUACUUCCACCUUCUAUCUGCCAAUUAUGUAUAAUGCAGUUGUUUCCAACAUUUGGCAGAUACACUCCAUCGUAACUCCGAGCUGUAGGUGGCAUGCGGCUUUCUGCCAUCUGCUAAUGGUAUUUCUUCAAAUUUCCUCUGCAGGCCUCCAUCAUCGCCAGUUCUGAUACUCAAUCAGUUCAAUAUGACGUUUCAUUUUAGAAUGUCCCAAACUAAUAUUUCUCCAGUUUCUUAUGGGAUACUUCUUUUUGUGGAUUCCAGCACAUCUCAAUAAAAUGAGAGUUCACAUUUAUUUGCCAAAUGCUUAAUCAAUAAAUCAUAACCUCGUGCUUUUCUCUCCUGCUUUUCCAGUUUUUUAAUCAAUCUUCCUUCAGGAGAUUGGCAACAUUUUCAUCUGACUUCUCUUUAAGGACGUUUCGAUGUGAGCAUUUUUUAUUUUUGAAUGAUUUUCGGCUCAUGAGCUUACGACAGGCACUUUCCCCAGUAAUAUUUUUGUAUCUCUGUCUCUGCUCCGCCAUCUGCUGGGUUGAAUUUAUCCUCUCUUUCUGAGUCUUCAUAAUUCAUUAAAAAUGGGUCCUCUUGUUUUUCAUCCAGACUCACAUCACCUCCCAUUUGUCUCAUCUGCAUUCCAAUGUAAGGUUACCAUAUUUUUUUCAGUAAAUCAAGGGACACUUGUCAACUUCAGUGGAUUUUGUAUGGGGACUGAUUUGUAAAUCCGGGGACUGUCCCCAGGAAACGGGGACGUCUGGUAACCUUAUUCCAACGUCUCUAACCAUACUCCAAAAUUCCAAUUUCAACUGCAUUAACUGCUCUUUAAGCAUUUGUUACAAGAGGCCCAAAAUCAGCCUUCAUGAUCACUGGAUUUCUCUUCCAGAGCUGUGAUUCAGCUGUAAAUUCAGCCACCGUCUCUCAUCGACUCGACACAAAGAAACGGCGAGUUAUCAAGUACAUAAAUUAUAGGUUGUAGACAGUUGAAAAGUCACAGUCUGAUCUACAUUUUUCAAAGUUAUCAGAUAUUUAGAGCGUCUUGAAGAUAUUUCCAGCCUGUUACGAUAUUGUAUAUUAUAUUUGUAGUCCUUAGCAAUCUUUAUCACUGGGUGCUAUUGACAAAUAGAGAGUCCAGUUUACUUUUCUUUCCAAUCCAUUAAAAAUAAUUAAUGCAAUGGAGAUGCAAACCUGACGCCCUCGUUUCAGGGCGAUUAUUCGGUGUAUGAGCUGCUGUAACGCCUUGUUCUAAGCGCCCCUUCCCCGGAAGUUUCACCUUCCUCCCCAUAACAGUGGGCGAGCGUCUCUUCAGAACUGAGUCUGGCUUCUUAUUAACCUCUUAUUAACAAAUAAUUAUCCCUGAUGGCAGACAAGCUAGCAGUGGAUUCCCUUCAGCUUCCUGUGCUCCACCAGAAGUCUGAAACAGCAUCAUUUUUAAACCUCCCUUGUAAAUAAUUAUGCACCCAGGACCAUAUUUUCUACAUCAAAGUUUUCUUUCUACUUCAAAGGCAGACUUUGUGAAUUAACUGAAUUGUGUGUGUCCUGCCCCAAUUUAAGCACAUUCUACAGUAUAAACUCAGAAGAACCAUCAGACAUUGGAAAACGUAAUGCCUGACAAGCUGUAGAAUCUGCAUACUCUGAACUCUUGGCAAUUGGCUGUAUAUGUGCUUUACGAGGAUUUAUAUUUCAAGAAGUAUCCACAUCUUCCCCCCCCCCCCCAAAAAGGUGUAAACAACAGAUUAUUUCAGAUCACAGGUUCUGAAUACUGCUCAGAUUGAAUAGGCUAAUGACCUCUUCCCUCAGGGCUGCUGGUCCAAUUAACUUGGGAUGCCUUGGGCAGCUUUUAUGUAAAAAUAAAAAUAUCAGAUGACCUGAUCACAUAUAGCAUGUGCAAUUUAGGCCUGAGCUAUGUUUUUAAAGCUUGUAUAAUAUUUUAUUUUUGUUUAAAAGACACCACAUUUUGGGGAUUUUUGUUUAGGGGAUUUUAAAAAAAAUACCCAUAAUGAGUGACUGUGAUAGCAAGAAAAGCAGAAUAUGGGAGGUGCAAUAUUAUACCACUUUCAGCACCAACCACUGCAAAAAUAAUUGCCAGACAAUCUUCUAUUUCCAUAGUGAUCAUUUCUUUCCCCCCCUUCUCACAGUGUCUUAAUUACUUCAUGAGAUUGUCAACUCUCAGGCUGCUUUGAUUUGAACAAGGUUAAAUUUUAGCCUUCAUGCAAAAGAGUAGUAGUGUUUGUUGCAGAGAGCAUUUUGGAACUUUGGACCUUAUUGUCUAGUAAAACUAGCUAAAAUUAGUCAUAUCUGAGACUGCAAUCCUACACACACUUGGAAUUAAGCCUCAUGGAAAUAGUGGAAAUCCCAUUGAAACCACUUAAGUCCCAUUGCUUUCAUAGGAUUUAUAGUUCACUUGUAUACAUAUCUAUUCUGAAGGAAUUCAUUCAGGUAAAAAUUUAUAGAACUGCAGCCUUAUUUUAACUAAUUUUAGCUAGAUUGGGAGUGUUGCUUUCUCCUAUAGGGUAAGUUGAUCAUUGUUUCUAUUGAGUGAAAAGUUAAUGGAAUUAUGGACAUAUUUAUUUUGUGGAGAUGUAAUGUUGACAUGGUUACUUGCUUGGAACUGAAGUAUUGCUCACCCAGUUCUUGGAUAACAGCAUGUUUGCACAUGCACACGCAACCUGCCGAAUGGUGAACCUUUGUUGAAAUGGAGGAGUGGGUGUUCAUAAGCUGUUUGUGAUAAGGCAUAGCAACCUGAUUCUUAAAGGCUUAAAGUAAAAAAUUGCAGUAGGCUUCCCUAAGGGUUUUGGUUUGCCUUUAGGUUCCAGAUUUAUUUAUCUAAUUCUUAUCCAGCUGUUGUUCUGCUCUAAAUUCAAUCUCUUUGGCUCAGUUAAGUGUCACAGAUCACCUUUGUUUGGUCAUCAUGAAUGGGCUUUGGACUUAGUGCACUCCUUCCUCCCCUUGUACACUUCAAUUCUUUUCCUCACUUCCUGGUUUAUGUUAACCAUAGUUUGCCAGAGUAUAUGAACUGGGCAAACAAUGGUUGUUGCAAACCAUAAUUCAGCUCCAAAGCAGAGUUCAAAACUUGUUUGAAGCAGGUUUCCAGUGCUAUUUUGGAGGCAAUGUUAGUGUGGUUAGUCCAUUGUUUUUACAAUUGUUGGAAAUCUGAUCAAUAAAUUCUGUUGUCCAUUCCAACCUUGUAACAUUAAAACAGCAACAGCAGUCGCCCAAGCUUUCUCGGUUAUGAUUCCAAUACUAUAGAAUAUUGAAAGAGAUUGAAAACUUAUUUACUGAGCUUUCAGAGGGUAAGAGAUCUGCCUCUUCAUUUUUCUCUGAGGCUACCAGUACAGCUUUGUGGGGUUUUAAAUAUAUAUUUCUGCUGUUGUGACCAGCUACUUUAAACCACUAGGGAAAGUGGUAUGAAAGUGAAAGUAUUUAAAAUAAACAAGUGAGGGAAAGAAUUGAGAGUGUAAAUUGAAUGGAAAGAACCCAAGGCACAGCCUGUUAACUUGAUUGUGACAUCUGAACCAGGUCUUUGCAAACACCUUAAUAGUAAAACAUUGGUAUAUAGCCUCUGAAUGCUUAGAUUUUCAAUUUGUAUAAUGAAUUUUCGUAUAUAUAAGAAUUUUAGUUAAAUUCAAUGGAUGGGGUUCCAGAGAUCUCAUUGAGUCAGUCCAAGAGCUUGUACAUUCUCUAUGAGACAUCUGACUCUUUUUUAUGACAUCAAACCAUUAUACCACAUCAUAAACAGUUUGCCGUGUGGUAGAAAGGGUUAGUUUCAAAGUUCAUUUGUGUGAUAGUUAUAGCCAACCAUUUUCUUAAAUGUCUGGUUUUUUCUCUUCAGGAUCUCUUGAAUUUUGAUGAUCCUUUGAAUAUUGAAGCUGCAGAGCAUCAUUUACGCGACAAGGUGAGUAGCAAUGUACUAAAUAUAUUAUCUUAUGAGAAUACGGCUCAAUUUUCUAAUCUCUUGUGUAGUCUUUGACAGGGAAUGAUUUCUGUGCAUCAAUAUUUAACAAGCAUCAUUUAAAAAAGUAUUCAGUGGAUCUUGGAUCUACCUUCUCCACUGCACAAUGAUAUGGCAUUAAUGUUUGUGCAGAAUCAUAGAAUCAUAGAGUUGGAAGAGACCACAAGGGCCAUCGAGUCCAACCCCCUGCCAAGCAGGAAACACCAUCAGAGCACUCCUGACAUAUGGUUGUCAAGCCUCUGCUUAAAGACCUCCAAAGAAGGAGACUCCACCACACUCCUUGGCAGCAAAUUCCACUGUCGAACAGCUCUUACUGUCAGGAAGUUCUUCCUAAUGUUUAGGUGGAAUCUUCUUUCUUGUAGUUUGGAUCCAUUGCUCCGUGUCCGCUUCUCUGGAGCAGCAGAAAACAACCUUUCUCCCUCCUCUAUGUGACAUCCUUUUAUAUAUGCUGGAUCUUCUCUUUCUGCCUGCAGGCCCCUGUGCCCACCCACCCCCCACUAGUGCCAGAGUGUUCGGUGACCCUCCACAGUGACUGGGAGCAGGAGCAAGGUGCAAUGGGUGGGAAGAAUUGGGGAGGGAACACCCUACAAGCAGAAGUAUAUUCAACUUGUGCACUUGCAUCUUUCUAUCCAAACCACCAUUAUUAUACUGUGAACUCUAUAAAGUUUAUUGUGUCAUACAAUAAGAACAGUAAUGAGUUAUAGCCAAAGAGAAUCUGAUUGUAGAAUCUGAUUGCACAAACAAUUGUAGAACAAUACUGUUGGCCUAUGCUGUGGAAAUCGAUUCUUGGAAAAUGGUGAAAUAUAUUUUUGGGGAAAUUUUUAAUCAUAUUAAUUUUUUAAUCACUUUCUUUUUAAAAAAUUGUAACUUAAAUGUAGAAGUUAAUGUAAGCCCAUGAUAUGGCAUAUCAUAUUAAAGCCCAUGAAGUUCUGAGAUUGAUAUUUUUAGUUUUGAAAUAUCUCAAUUCUGGGCUGAGCCUUUAAGGCCAAAGUUGCCAAUUUUUUUAAAUUUCAGACCCUCAUAACUAAAAAACAGGAUGAGAGAAAAAUGUAAUUUUUUAGAUUUAAACUUAGUUUUGAUCAUUCAACAAGUGUACAAAAUAUUAAGAAAAUUGGGUUACAUGAGGUAAAAAAAUUAAAUGGAUCACUUGAUAUGGAAUGACUCUGCACUGCUAUCAUCAGUACAUUCUCUAGCAAUUCUUGUGCUUUCCAGAACAUUUUUGAGAUUGAGUUUCAGUUUCUAGCACUAGACAUAAAACUGCCUUUUCACAGUGAAAUCCAGCCCAAUACAUAAAUGUGCACAGGUGUUCAGGGUUUGGGUAUCUCCUUACCACGCUUCAGAGAUAUUUUGCGGUGGUAAUAGUGGUUCAGUAGCUGGCAUGCACUUUUGCCUUAAGACUAAUUUAUCGGAAUGUCAAGUUUUAUCAUUAGGACUAGGAUCUAGGAGACCAAAGUUGAAAUCCCUCACUGAGUUACCGUGGACUGUUCUGUGUGUCUCAGCCUAACCUGCCCCAAAAGGUUAUUCUGAAGAUGAAAUAGGGAGGGAGAGAAUCUCCUACAGCUUGGAGGAAAGAUGGGACAUAAAUACAUUUUGAAAGUAAGGGGUACGGGUGUGGGUAUGCACAAGAUACAACAAAAUGUUGCAGUGUAGAGUCCUUCAUGCUGUCUUGCACUCCACCCACCUUUCUAAAAUAGGGAUCUCUGCUGUUGCAGGGACUUAGAAGUAGGUGACACAUCAGGCAUCUGUUGAGUUUCUAGUGUGUCCUUUAUAACUGAGUUGCUUUUUUAUUUUAUGAAUUGUUUUUAUUGCAGUGGUACCUUGGUUCUCAAACUUAAUCCGUUCCAGGAGUCCGUUUGACUCCCGAAACUGUUUGAAAAUCAAGGUGUAGCUUCCAAUCGGCUGCAGGAGUUUCCUGCACUCAAGCAGAAGCCGCGUUGGACGUUUGACUUCCGAAAAAUGUUCGCAAACCGGAACACUUACUUCCAGGUUUGCAGCGUUCAGGAGCCAAUUUGUUCGACAACUAAGCCAUUCGAGAACCAAGGUACCACUGUAUAUUACUUUCCUGGGACAAUCAAAGCCAUUUCCGUUAGCAGAAAGAAUUACCGUAUUUUUCGUCCUAUAGGGCGCACCGGCCCAUAGGGCGCACCUCAUUUUGGGGGGGGGGAAUGAAUUAAAAAAAACUAUUUCCCUCCCCAGCCAUGGGGGCUGGGGCGGGGGAAGCCCGAGCUUCCCCCGACCCCAGCCCCCAGAACAGGCUGCUGCCCGCAAGCCUUGCGAGCCCGCGGGAACUCCCGCCGGGCAUGCAAGGCUUGUGGACACCUGUGCGAAGCACGGGGCGCCCUCCGGGGAAACACACAUUUCCCCUUCAUUUUUGGAGGGGAAAAGGUGCGUCCUAUAGGGCGAAAAAUACGGUAUUCCAUACCAACAAUAUAACCAGCAUAAUAGAAAACAAUAUUGAGAACAAAGGUGCAAGCAAGACAUGUCUUACAUCUUUUCCAAAACAACAAGCAAACCCCUUUUCUCAACUGUUCAGGAAGGAGGGCCCACAAAUUCAGUUCUGCUACUAUAAAGGUUUGCUGUCUAGCCACCACCAUGCAAACCUGAACAGUAAGGCUUACUGACUAGUGACAGCAGACAGGCCUCUGUGCUCAGCACAUUGAAAUGUUUAGCCACAAAAGAGUAUUAUUUCAGGGUGCAUCAUCAAUUCUUAGACUAGCAUUUACCAAUGAAUAAGCAAUACAUAUCUCAUGGCAGGAAAGCAAAAACACUUUUCAGAAGAAGGAGCUGCUAUUUUGUGUAUAAUAUGAAUCCCGCAGAUAGCUGAGCAGAGGGGAAGGGCUCAAGUGUAGCUACUCUACUCUCUUAUUUGUUUGCUUUUGCCCUUCUUAAUACUUUUUGUGAUCAUUGUAAUGAAUACCUUGAAUCAGACUGAGAUACCAAAAAAAGGGUUAAUGUCUCCUAGGACCUGUUUGCCACGCUGUACGGCAUGUUGCUUUGGCACUAAGGGGAAUGUGAGGUCUCCUAUAUUAAGACAACCUGAAAAACGCUGCUUGUGCCUACAUCUCUAGGAACACCCAGGGUAUAUUUUGUUGGAUUUCAGCUUCAGUAUUUUGUGUGUGAUGCAAAGUGUACUACUCCUUGGCAAUUAAUAUUUUUGGGGUGGGGAAGAAGGCAGAAGGUUCAGUUCAUUACAAAUCACAGUUAGUGCUAAUGAACAAAUUAGGUUGCAUUGCACACCUGACAAUCAAGCACAAAGGGACCAUCUGUCCAGUAGCUGUAUGAAUGUCCCUGUUUUUGAUUCACUCACUUAGACCUUGUCACCUUUUCAGGAAGUUGUUCACAAGCAGCAGCAGCAGCAUCUUCAUGAGGGUUUCUGCUGUAUUUAAAUCGCUGUUUUUCUACUAGAAAUUCAGAUGCAGAACUUUAGAAUUGCCAGAAAAAGACUUUUCUGUAAUUCACUUUCCACAUCUCUAAGGCUUUUCAGUAACUUCACAGUACAGUGUAAUCGCAUCACACACACAUUUUACUUGAGUGAAUUCAAUUACACAUGCUCGACUCCACUGGUGGCAACGGCUUUCCUGGCACAGUUGCAGCACAGGAGAGGGAGAUAUUAAGGCAGGAGAGUACAAAGACGCCUGUCUCUCUCAGCUGCAAGACGAGCAGGGAAGUAGAGACAGCUGGAGAAGAAGAAACCCUAGUUCCAUCAGCUACAAAACAAGUGGGGAAGCAACAGAGACAGGCAGAGGAAGAAGAAACCCAGCCUUCAUUGCCUGCGGAAGGGAGGAGAGAGGCAAACAGAGAGAGAUGCAGGCAGAAGAUAAAGGAAUGGAGCUUUCUUUUACAAGAAAGACUUUUCUGGCCAGCUGUAUACCCCACCUUCCUAUAGCUCUUUAUGGAGUAAGGACGCUCUGUUCACUUUCUGGUCUGUUUCUCUGGCUUUCUAGACUUCUUCUACAACUGGUAGUAUCCUGGGACUAUAAUGCAGACGUAUGCUUUGUAGUGGGUAGAAGGAGGAAGGGUCUUCUGUUCUUCGGAGGAGAAGCAGCAAUAAUUCCCUCCUCCACGCGCUAAAAUCUACCCCACCACUUAGAACUCAGCAGAACAUUCUUCCCUUGUAGCUCACCAGAACACAAGCUAAAAAACAAAUUUGUGGGAGGGUAUCUAGUGAAGACAAGCAUCCACUGGGGACACAGAGCCGCCAGGAAUUGAGACAAGGAGUUGCAGAAAAGAAUCCUUGAUCUCUGUUGUGGCACAACCUUAAAAGUGCAAUUUCAGCAACUAAUAUUACCAAAGUUUUGGAUAUCAGUUAGUGAAGUGUACUUAGAAUUGGCAAGUGAAGCAAUCAUUCACCUGUUGCCAUUUGGUAGCACCUGUCUUCAUGAGCAGGCUUCUCAACAAUGGUGAUCCUCAAAACAAAAACAAAACCCCAAUUUGGUUGUACAAGGUGAGCUGUGAGUUAGCUUUUCACUUAUCACCCCCCACUGGAAUUAAAUCUGAAAUUAUGUUUGCUCAGAUGUCUCAUUGAAAUGGUGAGUCAAUCAAUCAAUCACUGGUUUUCAAUAGCUUCUCAGUCUUUUGGCUAAGAAAAAGUGUAAAAAUCACUGGUUUUCAUUUCAUACUAAUGCCAAAGUAGCACUAUGUAUGUUGCUUUGUGAAUUACCAUUUCAAUAGAAGUGAAGUGUCUUAUUAGUGCUAUUAAGUUAUAAAUCAAAAAUGAAUAUGUGAAGCUGGGUCCCAUAAUACAAGUUGGGAGUCAGGUAGAUCUUGGGUCUGGACCCGUUGAAGUCCACUGGAACAUACUAUUUGCACGCCACCUCAUUCUGAGUGGUAUGAGAUUCCAGGGGUUCCAUGCACUUACCAACAGAAGCAAGCCAGCUGUUAGUUACACGAAGCAAGUGGAAUUAACUCUUGAUUAGGAGAAAACAGGAUCUGCACAGGAGUGCCAGGCCUAAUGAGCAGAGCAACUCCUCUUCGGUAGCAGAAACUGAAGGUCCCCACCUUCCCACAGCGAUUUGAGUCCCCUCCUCUCCAGGGCUUUUCCCAAGCAAUCUCUGACUGUGCCUGCAGUUUUUUCUCCUUCUGCUUUUGGGAGACCAGGGAGAGGGGAACUUGGUGUAGCAGGAGGGGCAGACAACCACACCUCUUCACCAGCUGGACUCCUCUCUGCCUCUUGGCCUCCUUCCUCUCCUGCUUCAGCUUCUGGUUCCGAUUCUGGACUUCUCUCUGGCACAAACUCUCCCUGCUCACUAAACCCUGUUAACUCUUCAGCUUACAACACCUCCCAGUCGUCGCCUUCUCCCACCACCAAUACCUGGGCUCUGAGCCUUCUUCCCUUUGGGGUUCCCCAGCUGGUUCUUCCUACCAUUUGUAUGCGUCAAACCAGUCUGUGACACCCAGGGUUCAUGUUUCAUUCAGAAUGGGACACAGUGGAGCCUGUGGUGUCUUAAUGAUAUAUCGUUUACUUACACAUAUAUACAACCUGAGCCUACAGCAUCAACAUCCCCAGAUGGCCUUGCUUCUCCCAUAGCCGCAACCUUUGAUUCAAACAGAAAUCAAACAUCACUCUCUCUGGCUUCCUAAUCUGCAGCUUUUCUGCUAGCUUCUAGCUCACAUCACUCAACUCUCAACUCUGGCCUUUUGCCCUAGCUACCCAUGAGUUGAAGGAGGGGCCCCUACCCAUUUGCCAUCUCGCACAGACCACCUUCCUUUGUCCCGUUCCUUAAUGGCCCAUCACCCAGGCCAGCACCUCACCAGGAAGCUCACCUGGCAAUUAAAAGAAUUAGAAGGGGGCCUGGGCAUUCAGUCUUCGCUCCUAAAUCUACUUUCCAUGAAAUACGGAAACACAAGCUUCAGAUGUUUAAAGUUUCAUAUCUCUCUGCACAAUCUAAUGUAGUGAGUCAUACCAUUCUAUUUCUUUACAUGUAUUGGCAGGCUGAAAUGCAUAUAUUUCCAAGUGCAGAUGCUUUCUUUCAGCAAAAAUGUUACCAAUAUUUCUGCAGACAAAUCUUUCUCUAUUCCUCCCCCCCACCCUCACUGGUGUAGGAGGAUUUCCGAUCUAAAGUGGAAGAUUACAUUAAGCGCUAUGCAAGAUGAUGAAGGGAGAAGGCAGGACCAUGGAUUGUGUAUGCAAUGUUGAUUGGUAACUUGAUAAAACAUCAAAAAACCUGGAAUGUGCUUGUUCUGUAUCCAUGUUGUUCUGAAGAAGAUAACAAGCUUCAAAAUAGUUCAUGUCAAAUGGUGAGUUCACCAUCAAUACAAGAAGAAAAUUGUGUAUGUUGGUUGGAGAAAAGGUUGUUUUCUUAACUCUUGACAAUGUUUUCUUUUCUGAAAUUGUACUGUAUAUCUGGAAUUGAGAUAUGCUUGAAACUUAGAAGAAAUCACUAUUAAGAUUAUUUUCACUCAAAAAAUUAUUCAUGUCUAGUAAAAAUUAAUGGUAUGUUUACUGGAACACUUAAAAAUUGGCAAUAAAAUUGGUCUUUAUAGAACUUUUAAGACGCAUAAAUAUUUGCCUUUGCUGGAACUGAAAAAAGAGUCCUGCACUUGAGCAAAGGUAAUUGCAUAAAGCCAGUUUAUACCUACUGUUGAAGUUCUUAUAUUUAAUUUAACUUUUUAAAAUUGCUGCUUUCUCUUCCUUUUUUGCCUACAGUGUUUUUAGUUUGCAUUUAUUGUGCAAAGCACUUACUGAACCCAAGGCUGAUUCUAUGGCCUACAUAUAAAUGCAGUGUAUUAUUUUUAAAACCCAAUAUUUUACAUGGAGGUGCAAUGAAAGGGAAGUGUUUUUUUAAACUAUCUUUUUAAAUUUUAGAUUUUGCUGUGGAAAGUUGAUAUUUCAGACUAUUAUAUAAUAAAGUGACAUGAAGUUUCAAGUAAUAACUUGGGAGAACUACCCAAAGCUCUAGCACCUAAUCCAUGAGAGCAACUUACUUCAUGCUGCAAUUUCAUUAUCACACUCUUGCAAACCAACUCUUCUGGGAUAAAGGCAUAGUUUAUGAAGAGUGCUUUUAAAGCCUACUUAGCUAGCUAGCUCUAUAUCAAAGAAUGUAUAUAUCAGGUUGCAGCAUGCCUGUUGGGUGGGAGGGUGCAUGUACCUCAGGAACUAGUUCAAAGCAAAUGCCACACACAAAGUGUGUUUAUUAUUUUAGCCUACUUCUUCCUGACAUGUUGAUCACAGCUGAUACUGUAACUGGCCUGGGAAUCAAUUGAGAGAGCCAUAGUCAUCAAAUUUUAUUUAGGUUUCAUACAUAAAAGUGAAAUGUAUUUUGGGUUACUGUGAUAAAUUACCGCUAAAGCCAGAAAUGAAUAAAUGUUUGUGUAGUUUCAUGCAUAUGUUGUGCAAAACAUUUCCUGCCUCAACAGUUACCUGUGCCAUAUGAAAGAAUCCAUUUAAAUUCAUCAGGUGCUUGUGAAUUGCUAUUAUUGUAAAAACUGUAAACUUUGAUAAUGAAAGCCCUGAAAUUGCACCAUGAUUUUCAUAGAUUUUAUCAGUGUAAGACAUUUGGCUGUGCAAUUGUUACGAUCUAGCCAAAGUUAUAUGCUUUUAGGUCCCAUCGAUUUGAAUGGGAAAUAUUUAAACAUAAGUUUAACUUUCCUUUUGCCAUCAAUGAUACUUUAAAAGUACUUAACCUUUGGCGGGAUUGUACCUAGUGUGUCUUAAAGAUCUGUUGCAAAACAUAUAGUUCCUUAAACUUGCAAUGCUGCUACUCAGAACUUGGGUAAAUGACCUUUUCUAGUCACUGAUGUUGGUGUGCAGAGUUGGGCCUCUGAGAAAUUAUUCAAAAAUAUUCCUCUGAAUCUAUAAAGCAAUGUGUAAUUUUAUUGAAAAGUAUGAAAGAGAUUAUUCCUAAUCAGGGCAGUUUUCAUGAGAAGCAUUUUCCCCUUUCUUAAAAAGAAAAUACUGAAACAGCAGGAAAGAUAAGAGCCACUGCACAUUCAUCUUUGUAAUCAGUAACAUGAAUAUAGCCUGAAGGACUGUUUCCCCUGUUAAACAUGUAUAAUGUGGAAAUACAUUUCUUUAGGUAUGAUUAAAGUUAUCCAUAGUUUUACCAUC